CUCAAACCCAAUUCAGUGGGUGCCCCCAUUUUAAUUUCUAUUCUACGUUUCAUUCCCAGGAGACGAAUUCUCAGUUGACAAUUCUCAAAUCACAAUUCAGUCGGUUUUCCCAAUAACGUCAAUGGAAGAAUAAGAAAACCAGAAAACUCUUUCUAUGUUCCUUCUCUACAUUGUUGAUUCCUAAUUCCUUGUUGAUUGUCAAGAAACGAAAAAGUUGAUAAUGAAAUUUCGAUUGCUUCUCACAUUUUCACUUUCCAUACUCUUGCUUUUCCCUGACCCUUCCCAUGGCGGAUGGUUCAGUAACAAGCGUGAAUCAGUGUUAAGAUUAAAGAGUGAGACUGUGAAUCCUACAUUUGGAUUCGAUCCUACUCGUGUCACUCAACUUUCUUGGCAUCCAAGGGCAUUUUUGUAUAAGAAUUUUUUAACCGGUGAAGAAUGUGAUCAUCUUAUCAAAUUGGCAAAGGAUAAAUUAGAGAAAUCAAUGGUGGCUGAUAACGAUUCUGGUAAGAGUGUAGCCAGUGAAGUUCGUACUAGUUCUGGCAUGUUUCUUCAAAAGCAUCAGGAUGAUAUUGUAUCAAGAAUUGAGGCAAGAAUUGCUGCAUGGACUUUUCUUCCUGAAGAGAAUGGGGAGGCCAUGCAAAUUCUUCAUUAUGAGCUUGGUCAAAAAUAUGAACCUCAUUUUGAUUACUUCCAUGACAAAGUUAAUCAGCAAUUAGGUGGGCACCGGAUUGCGACAGUUCUUAUGUACCUGUCCAAUGUUGAAAAGGGUGGAGAAACUAUCUUCCCGAAUUCAGAGAAAAAAUUGCAGCAACCUAAAGAUGAAAGCUCGUCUGAUUGUGCUAAAGGUGGUUAUGCAGUGAAACCCAAUAAGGGUGAUGCCUUGCUGUUUUUCAGUCUUCACCCUGAUGCAACUACUGAUCCACUAAGCUUGCAUGGUAGCUGUCCUGUUAUCGAGGGUGAAAAGUGGUCUGCUACAAAGUGGAUUCAUGUUCGGUCUUUUGAAAGAUCCAUCGAGGAAGAUUCACCUUCAAAUGGGUGUGAAGAUAAAAAUGUAUUCUGUUCUUCGUGGGCACGAGCAGGGGAGUGUAAGAAGAACCCCAUAUAUAUGGUAGGCAACAAUAAAACAAAGGGGCAUUGCAGAAAGAGUUGCAAUGUUUGUUGAGUUGAGUACACUUGUGAUUGAAUUUUUAGUGUAAAAUGUCGGAUAAAAAAUCGCCCUACAAUGAUAUAGUAGUAGAUAGAAUGUGUUGUCUGUUGUCUGUCAAAGGAACUACAACCUCACUGAGGUUUGUAACUGUUAGUAUGAAAUGAUUUGAUUAAUAUACAAAACUUACCCUUCUACGAAAACACUGAAGAGAGUAAGAGAUCUUUCUAAAA